CAUAAAACCUUUUUACAGUUUCUUGCUGAAGUAUGGACUCCACAGGAUUCCCAGAGCACCGUAGAAGAGAAAAGAAAAAGAGAAGCAGAGUUGGAAUUUGAAUGCAGGUUGAUCGCAGAGCAAAUAAACCAUGAAAGAGGUUCUCCCAAAGGAAUUAGAUACCCAUUCCCAGCAGGGAGAGAUUACUGGUGAUGUUCUCCCGUUUGCUAGAAGCUAUCAACUUGAAGCAUUGGACAAAGCUAUUCGUGAGAAUACUAUAGUGUACUUGGAGACUGGUUCAGGCAAGACUUUGAUAGCCAUCAUGCUUCUUCGUAGCUACGCACAUCAUCUGCGAAAGCCUUCUCCUUUCAUUGCAGUGUUCUUGGUUCCCCAAGUUGUGUUGGUCUCUCAACAAGCUGAAGUUGUGAAAAUGCAUACUGACUUGAAAGUGGGAACGUAUUGGGGUGAUAUGGGAGUUGACUAUUGGGAUGGUGCUACCUGGAAACAAGAAACGGAGAAACAUGAGGUGCUUGUCAUGACUCCUGUGAUAUUGUUGAAUUGCUUGAGGCAUAGCUUCUUCAAACUGAACAUGAUUAAGGUUUUAAUAAUGGAUGAAUGCCAUCAUGCUAGGGGUAAACACCCUUAUGCGUGCAUCAUGACUGAAUUUUAUCAUCAUCAAUUAAAGUGUGGUAUCUCUGACCUUCCUCGAAUUUUUGGGAUGACUGCAUCUCCAAUUAAGUCAAAAGUUGGAAGUUCUGAUUCAUCCUGGUCAGAGAAUGUACGGAAACUAAUGACUCUAAUGCAUUCAAAGGUAUAUACAUGUAGUGAAGCUGUCAUCACAGAGUUCAUGCCAACAUCAACUCCAAUAUUCAAGUUUUACAGGGACAGUGGAAUUCAAUUUGUAUUAUUUGAAGAAUUGGAAUCUAAACUCAAGAUGUUAAAAGAACAGCAUGAACUCACUCUACAAAGUUCAGAUUUCACUAAAUCAGUUGCUGAGUCUGCACAAAAAAGAAUAACCAAGAUUUUUUGUGCUUUAAUGUUUUGCCUGGAUGAGCUUGGUGUUUGGCUGGCUUUGAAGGCAGGAGAAUUUUUAUCUUCCAAUGAAUUUGAUUCAUUUUCAUGGGGACACUCUGGGGAUAAAGUUGUUAAAAACUUUAUUUUGGCUGUCGUACAUACACUGAAAAGUUACUUUCAAUGUGAUCCUCAGUGGUCCAUUGGUGACAAUGUUGAUUCUGAUGUGGAGAUGGGGCUGUUGACCUCCAAAGUUUUUUGCCUUAUUGACUCUCUACUUGAGUACAGGACUUUGAUUGACAUGAGAUGCAUAAUUUUUGUGGAAAGGAUCAUUACAGCUGUUGUCCUUCAGGAUCUAUUGAAUACCCUUCUUCCAAAAUACAGUAGCUGGAAGAUUAAAUUCAUUGCAGGACACAAUUUUGGAUUGCAAAAUCAGUCUAGGAGAAAACAAAAUGAAAUUGUGGAAGAAUUUCGAAUGGGAUUGGUCAACAUCAUUGUUGCAACAUCAAUUCUUGAAGAGGGUUUAGACGUACAAAGUUGUAAUUUAGUCAUUAGAUUUGAUCCAUCUCCAACAGUGUGCAGUUUCAUACAGUCCAGAGGACGUGCCAGGAUGAGAAAUUCAGAUUACAUAUUAAUUGUUAAGAGUGGAGACUCAGUUACUCGUUCUCGGCUAGAGAAAUAUCUUGCUAGUGCAGAUAUUAUGAGGAAGGAGUCUUUGCACCAUUCUUCCCUUCCUUGUGAUCCUUUUGAAGGUGAAGAAUAUGAUAAAGAGUCUUAUCGUGUUGCAAGUACCGGAGCCAUUGCAAAUCUUAGUUCUAGCAUAAGUUUAAUAUACUUGUAUUGCUCACGACUCCCUGCAGAUGGGUACUUCAAACCAACUCCAAGAUGGGACAGAGAGACUAACACAUUGUAUCUUCCCAAGAGCUGCCCUCUACAGCCUAUUCGAGUUGAAGGUGAAAAAAAACUCUUAAAGAAUAUUGCAUGCCUUGAAGCAUGCAAACAACUGCAUAAGAUUGGAGCUCUGACAGAUUAUCUUGUUCCUGAUAUCUUCAUUGAAGAAGCAGAGAUGGAGGAAUUUGGGAACGAACCUUAUGAUGAAAACCAACCAGCUUAUGUGCCAUUUGGAUUGGUAAAUUGUGUGUCAAAUAGUACUCACACAACAUACCAUUGUUAUUUGAUGGAGCUCAGUCAAAAUUUUAGCUAUGAUAUCUCUGUUCAAGAUAUUUUUCUUGCCACAAGAAUUGAGCUUGAUCCGGAAAUUGGAUGCACACAAUUCGAUAUGGGUUUUGACAGAGGUAGCUUGUCGGUGAAGUUGAUAUACAAAGGAACCAUUGAUCUUUCACCAGAUCUGGUUCUUUUAUGUAAGAAAUUUCAGGUAACUUUGCUUAGAAUUUUGAUAGAUAAUAGUAUGAAUAAUUUGGCAAUGGGUUUAGACAAAUGCUGUUUGGAAGGUGGUGUUGAAAUUGAUUAUCUCUUGCUUCCGGCUAUUGGCAAAGGGGAAAAAUCACUUGUUGAUUGGUUGACUAUCAUUGCGGUAAAUCCAUCUAAUAUUAUGUGUGAGUAUCAUCCACUCCGCACAAAAAGUGGUAUAGUUUGCACUUGUAGACUACAAGAUGCUUUGGUGUUUACUUCUCAUGGUGAUAGGAUUCAUUUUUAUAUCACAACUGGUACAACAGAAUUGGAUGGAAACUCGCCUAUGAAGCUAAGGGAUGGUGGAGUUACUACUUACAAGAAGUAUUACAAACAAAAACAUCACGUUCAAUUGCGAUAUGAAGAUCAAAAACUCAUUAAAGCAAGACACAAAUUUCCAGUUAAAAACUAUAUUCAUGGAUACAAACAAGGGAGGGAAGGAGAAGCAAGCAAAGCCUUUGUUGAAUUACCCCCUGAACUGUGCUCUAUAGUCAUGUCGCCAAUAAAAGAUAGUAUCAUUUAUACCUUCUCGUUUAUUCCAUCAAUCAUGCAUCGGCUUGAAUCAUUGCUUGGAGCUUUCAAUUUGAAAAAGAUGCAUUUGGAUCAUUGCGCACAAAAUGAAAUUCCUACAAUCAAGGUCUUGGAAGCAAUAACUGCUACAAGCUGCAAGGAGGCCUUUCAUUAUGAGUCUCUUGAGACUCUUGGAGAUUCUUUUUUAAAAUAUGCCGUCUCUCAACAACUUUUUAGCACUUACCAAAAUAUACAUGAAGGUCUCCUCAGUAUUAAAAGGAAAAAAAUAAUUUCUAAUGCUGCCCUGUGUAAGUUAGGGUGCAGGUCUGGACUUCCGGGCUUCAUACAAAAUGAACCUUUUGAUCCCCAUACCUGGACCGUUCCAGGUGAUAAGUCUAAAGGUUUUAAAUUGAAAGAGUUGGUUAGUGGGGGGAAAAAAAUUUAUGUUAUGGGAGAAAGGAAAUUAAAUCGAAAGAUCAUUGCUGAUGUUGUCGAGGCACUAAUUGGUGCCUUUCUCAGCAGUGGUGGUGAAAAGGCUGCUCUAUUGUUUAUGGACUGGGUUGGUAUUAAAGUUAGUUUUAAUAAAAUAUCCUAUGAGAGACAGUUUGACAUUCAACCAGAGAAACAGGUGCAUGUCAGUCAUUUAGAAUCACAAUUGAAGUACUCAUUCAAUGACCGUACUCUUUUAGUGGAAGCUUUGACCCAUGGUUCCUACAUGCUUCCUGAAAUUCCUAGAUGUUAUCAGCGACUAGAAUUUCUCGGAGAUUCAGUAUUGGAUUAUCUCAUUACUUGGCAUUUGUAUAAUAAAUAUCCUGGCAUGUCACCUGGACAGUUAACUGACAUGAGGUCAGCUUCUGUGAAUAAUGAUUGUUAUGCAUGGUGUGCUAUUAACCAUGGGUUACACAAGCAUGUACUUCAUGCCUCACAAGAACUGCAUAAGCAUAUUGCUGUUACACUUGUCAAUUUUGAUAAGUUGUCAUCGUCAUCAACUUUUGGAUACGGGUCAGAGACAUCACUCCCUAAGGUACUUGGAGACAUUAUAGAGUCCCUGGCUGGAGCAAUAUUAGUCGAUUCAGGGUACAAUAUGGAGGUUGUGUGGCAGAGUAUAAAGCCACUUUUAGAACCCCUUGUCACACCUGAAACAUUGAAGCUCCAUCCCGUCCGAGAGUUGAAUGAACUAUGCCAAAAGAGAAGUUAUAAUAUUAUACAGGAGGAUGUGUCCCGUAAGGAUGGUGUGACCAGAUUUAAAAUGGAGGUAGAAGCCGAUGGGGUUAUUCACCAACAUGAAUAUAUUGGUUCUGCACUUCAGGGCACAGCCAAGAAGAUAGUCUGCAAGGAAAUCUUGAAUUCCUUGAAGAAGGUUAGGGGGCCACUGUAGGUUGUAAUAUUUGUUUAUAUUUCUUUAGUCUUUUUUGUGAAAGGGUAAAUAGGCAUGUUAGUAUAAUGUAGAUAUUGGGCCUAUAAGCACAUAUGAGUAGUUUGAAUAUAAUCACUGCAAAACCUGACCACUACAACCAAUAAAACAACUUAUCUCUCA